CACAGCCGUGACUAUGUCACCCAACAUACCGCUCUUUGUGCAGGUCUUGUAUGCGUGCAAUGCUAUCAUCUUCAACGGGAUAACAGCUCUCUCUGACGGUGGAUGCUUGGAGCCUCGCUACAGCAUUAUCGCAUCGACAAGCAUGAACUCGGAGAGCGAUAGCACUACAUCGUUCACGGAAAGCUGCACGGUACUGCUGCCGACGCCACACGUGGAAACCACCUUCUGCGCAUCUUCAUCGAGCACGAUGACCACGGUAUCCGCCCCCAAGAAGGACCUGCUGCUGCCUAUAAAUUGGAGCUCACCGAGGGCCAGCUUCAGUGGGCACGGCAACACAGCCGUGACUAUGUCACCCAACAUACCGCUCUUUGUGCAGGUCUUGUAUGCGUGCAAUGCUAUCAUCUUCAACGGGAUAACAGCUCUCUCUGACGGUGGAUGCUUGGAGCCUCGCUACAGCAUUAUCGCAUCGACAAGCAUGAACUCGGAGAGCGAUAGCACUACAUCGUUCACGGAAAGCUGCACGGUACUGCUGCCGACGCCACACGUGGAAACCACCUUCUGCGCAUCUUCAUCGAGCACGAUGACCACGGUAUCCGCCCCCAAGAAGGACCUGCUUCUGCCUAUAAAUUGGAGCUCACCGAGGGCCAGCUUCAGUGGGCACGGCAACACAGCCGUGACUAUGUCACCCAACAUACCGCUCUUUGUGCAGGUUAGUCAUACAAAAUACUGUUUCCGUAGUGACGACCUAUGUCUUUUAGUGUUGCCGUGCCCACGCACUGUGUUAUGCUGCUUUUCGGAGUGUAUGUCAUUAGCGGGUUUGCUGCUUAAGUUGUCCGGUGACGUAGAAGAAAAUCCUGGACCGGUAACGGAAGCGAUGAUUGCAAAUGUACUCCAGAACCAGAAAGAGAUCCUGUCGAAACUGACUGAGGUUCAGACAAAUCAGGCUAGCUCAGAAACUAGAAUGCUUGAAAUGCAAAAUCGACUUCUCGCAAUUGAACAGAAGCUACAAAGCUUUGACGAUACUCAGCUCAGGCUUACAAACGUUGAAGCGAUUGUUGACAGGUGGAAUGAUGGCGCGACGAGCCUUGUUAGACAGGUUGAUGAUUUGGACAAUCGUUCUAGAAGAAAUAAUUUAAUAAUUAGAGGCAUGCAAGAAGGCACGCAGGAGAAUGAUGCAGCACUGGUGAAGAAAGUCACUGAAGAAGUUUUUAGAGACAUCCUGAAAGUGCAAGUAACCUCCAUUGAAAGAAUCCACAGGCUCGGAAAGAAAACACCUGGUAGAAAUCGCCCGAUUAUUUUCAGGCUAGCGGACUUCAGGGAGAAAGUAAAGAUUUUGAGCAAUUGUACCAAGCUUAAAGAUACCGAGAUAAGCAUUAGUGAAGAUUACUCCAGACGUGUAGUGGAAAUUAGGAAGAGACUGUGGGACUCGUGCGCCGAGGAAAGAAAAGAAGGUCGUAGAGCGAAACUUGUCUUUGAUAAACUGAAAAUGAAUAAUGUAUUGUAUGGAUGGGAUGAGGAUAAAAAGGUGAGGUAUCAAAUUUCGAGGGUAAUUGAAACUGGCAACUGAUGCCAACAAGGUAAACAGGAUGGCUUUAAGAUUAUAAACAUAAAUGCGCGGAGCAUAAUAAACAAAACCGAUGCAUUGGAAGUUGUGGUCUUGGAGCAUGAACCUGACGUUAUUGUCAUAACGGAG